AUGGCCACGAGCGACGACGAACAUUUCCAUCUGUACGAGGUGUUUCAGAAUUGCUUCAACAAAAUCGCCAACAAGCAGCCUCCUGAAAAGGCAGGCUACCAAUCACCAUAUGGCGGCAUGGACAAUGGCGUGUAUGCCCCGGAGGAGUACACGCACGAAAGCCCAGUGUCGGGUGGCCAACGAUACACGUCACCGAAGACCGGUGGAGCGUUAUAUCAACCGGAACCUUACUACGAUUCACCCGGUGGCUCGUGGUAUCCGGCCUCAUCGAGUGGUGCCUACGCGCCCCAUUCCGGUACGGGUUAUCACAACGUAGGCCAUGGUGCUCAUCUUGGUGGUGGUGCUGGUGGACCUCAACACAACCAUGACCAGUACGCCAUGUCGCCUGUCGGCGUCCCCCACAUGGAUGGUGGCCAUCUGACGCAGAAUCAAACGCAAGCACUUCCACCGAUGAGCACGUUCCGAGGCAAUAACGCACAGAUACCGGCUAUUGGGACGCAGGGUCAGAACUCGCCCGCAAUCUACAACGCAAUCGCUGCCGGCCACCACAAUCAGCAUGCGCAGCAUAGUCCAAUUGUACAAAACGAUAGCCUGGUCGGCAAGGCGCUCCAGACGAUGUACCCAACCGACCAGAGCAUAAGCAGUUACGGUUCCAACCCCAACACCCCAGUGAACUCACCUCCACCACUCACGUCCCAGCAGCAGGCACAGCAACAAGUUCAACAACAGCAGCAGCAACAGCAACAGCAACAAUCCCAGCAAGCCACACAGCAAAGUAUUCAUGCCGCGGGUGCGGUUCCGGGUGGUGCAAGUGGGCCACCCGGUGGUGGAGGCUCCGCUUCCGUUAGUGUCGGUUCGGGGGCUACGGCGGCGGCAGCGGGCGGUACCUGGCAGCAGAUCAAUCCCGUGAUCAACAGCAACGGUGGCCCGGCCGGGCUUAAUAGUCUAUCGAACGGUUCCUAUGCUCCCGAGCUAGUGCAUCGGGGCCUACCGCAUAUGGCCAAUUCCUCUGAGAUACAGCCGCUAGAUGAGGCGAUCGUGUCGCUACUAAGAGAGCAUGAAAACGUCACGUCCUUGCAGGGUUCGCGCAUGGAGGAGCGACUGGACGAUGCCAUCAACAUUCUGCGGAAUCACUGUGAACCCCAGGUCGGUGUGUCGCUCUCUUCUAUCGAUCCCGCCGCGACCAUCUCGCCGUACUCGACCGGAAGCGCGCCGAUCAUUCCACCUUCCUCCCAGCUUCAGCACGACGCGCCGGCCGAACUUUCCACCGUCCCCGUGAAAACGGAACGACUCCCCGGCAGCGUCCCGGUGUCCGUCAACAACAUUUAUCAUUUAUCCUCAGAGAAACGUAAAGAACCUCCAGAUUCCGAUACCAAACCCAGCAGCUCCGUGCAAGGAACAGCGAAAGGUGCCAAACGGCAGCGCAAGUAUAGUAAAACCUCGCGCAGUUGUUCCAGCGCCGACGACGACGAUGAUGACGACGAUUUGGAUCCACUGGUGAAGGAUCGGAAGGAGAAAGAGCGAAGACAGGCCAACAACGCUCGCGAAAGAAUACGCAUCCGGGAUAUUAACGAAGCAUUGAAGGAAUUGGGUCGCAUGUGCAUGUCUCAUCUGAAAUCGGACAAACCGCAGACCAAGCUGGGUAUACUGAACAUGGCUGUUGAAGUGAUAAUGACGCUCGAACAACAGGUGCGAGAGCGCAAUCUUAACCCAAAAGCGGCUUGCUUGAAGCGACGAGAAGAGGAAAAGGCUGAGGAUGGUCCGAAGCUACCUCCGCAUAUCCUGCAUCAAUCAGCCUACCCUACGCUACCUGGUGCACCGCCAAGUCUACCGCACAGUGGACCACCACAAUAGCAUACCAAUUUUACCUGCUUUAUUCGAAGAUAACAACCCACACUCUUAUCCGCAACAACCCCGCACAACCAGUCCAACACAAGUAAUUAGAUAAAAGUAAAUUGAAGUUCGACUACAACGCUCUGGAGGUCCUUUGUGUUUAGUUUGUGAAACUAGCACCAGCCCACUGGCGGCGUAUUGUGGCACUUGAGACAAAACAAACUACAAACAAACAAAAAAUUACGAAAAAGUCAACACAAUAGGAAAAUGAAACUAAUGGAGGAGUUGAUGUGUGGUUAAUCGCGAAAGGCAUCAAUGUACAUAUUAUACGGAAGGAAAGAGGAAUGCUUCGUGUAUAAGUAGAAAAAAGAAAACACACACGCUGGUGUAACAGCAAAGAAAUCAGAAUUCUUUCGGCAUUGCUGUCGUUUGGUGCGCAUGCCGCAGCCACAGAUGCUGAACGUUUGCAUUCAGAAAUAUAAGAAAAGAAGAAAAAAAAAACAAACUCGGACGUAGUGGCGCAAGUACGCGAGAUUACAAUUCGCAUC